ACUGUCGUAUGCUUUCCAUAUUUAGGAGGCGUUAUUGAGCUGGGAGUCACCGAGCUUGUCUUAGAAGAUCCCAACCUCAUUCAGCAAAUAAAAAAUUCCUUUGAGGUUGAUCACUCUGUUAUUUCGAAGAGGCCUAAUUACAACUCCAAUGAUGCAAAAGAUGACAUGAAUGUUGCUAGCCGAAAGCUUGAUCAUAAUGUACUUGAAAGUGAUGCUUAUCCAGUUGAAAUAAACAACAGUUCACCGCAUGAUAGUUCAAACGGUUUUGUGGCCAAUCAAGAGGCAGAAGAUUCUUUAAUGGUGGUAGGCGUUAUAGGGGAAACUUCACAAGCUCAAAGCUGGAAGUUCGUGGAUGAUAAUAUGAGUAACGGUGUGCAUAAUUCUUUGAAUUCCAGUGACUGCAUCUCUCAAAAUUAUGAAAAGUUGUCCCCUCUUUCGAGUGGAGAGAAAGAAACUAAGCCUUGCCCAAUAGACCGUGAAGAGCACAAUCAGAAUAAACUGCAUCUUUUAGAUCACCAAGGAGAUGACGCUCAAUAUCAAGCUGUCAUUUCUAAGCUUCUAAAGAGCUCUGACCAAUUAACUUUGGGACCACAUUUUAGAAAUAUUAACAAAAAGUCAAGCUUUGCUGGUUGGAAGAAUGAUACUGAAGCGCCAAGAAUAGGAACUGCACAAAAACUAUUGAAGAAGGUACUUCUUGAAGUUCCUAGAAUGCAUGGUGGUGUUACACAUAAAUUCAGCAGAGAGAAUCGUAAAAAGAACGGCCUUUGGAGACCGGAGGUUGAUGACAUUGAUAGAAGCCGUGUUAUUUCAGAGAGAAGGCGAAGAGAAAAGAUAAACGAGAGAUUUAUGCAUCUUGCAUCAAUGCUGCCGACUGGUGGCAAGGUUGACAAAAUAUCACUACUUGACGAGACAAUAGAAUACAUGAAAGAGCUUGAGAGGAGAGUUCAAGAGCUGGAAGCUAGAUCAGGAAAAAAAACAAAUGAUACUGCAGAGCAGACAUCUGAUAAUUGUGGCACUAGCAAAUUCAAUGACGUCAAUGGAUCGUUAAAGAGGAAAGCAUGUGAUAUGGAUGAAAUGGAACCUGAAAGCUGUAAUGAAUUACUGAAAGGCAGUUCAGCUGAUGGUAUUGUCAUCAGUAUGAUCGAUAAGGAAGUCUCGAUCAAGAUGAGGUGUCUUUGGAGCGAGGGCUUGUUACUUAAGAUUAUGGAGGCACUAACCGACCUACAAAUGGAUUGCCAUACGGUUCAAUCUUCCAAGAUUGAUGGGAUUUUAUCCAUUGCUAUUGAAUCAAAGUCAAAUGGAUUGAAAACUGUAUCAGUUGGAGCAAUUAGAGAAGUACUUCAGAGAGUAGUCUGGAAAUCUUGAUGAUCAUUUAAGAUUGGUGAAUUAUCUCCAUCUGAAGACGAUGCCGAUUAGUCAUGUCCUUAGAGGAUAGUUAGGGCUUGUGUAUAUUUUUCUACUUUGGAAAUGCAUUUUGCAUAGAUUUGACAGCCUACAGAGAAGUAGUAAUUUGGAGUAACUUUCUUCCAAUGUAUCAUGUUUCUUGAUCAUCACUUGGUUUGUGGUCCUCUGAGAAGUUCAUGAAAGUAGAGUUGCUCAAUCUAGCAAUUGAUUUCUGUCA